UGCAAUACCGGACAUGUACAACGGAUAAAUACAAACAGCCAAACAUAUUUCCAGACAAAAAUCGCCUGAAAUUCAAUCCCGAAGCCAAGUUGUGGCGUAUGCAGCUUCUCUUCACUUCUCGGAAUCAAAAAUUCCACCACACAAUUUCUAAUUCUUCAUCGUCGUAGUCAUUUUGCCUGUUUCUUUCUCAUUUUUAUUUGGAAUUAUUCCUUCUAUUUCAAGCCACCAUGUGUUUUGGUGGUUGAGGCAUUGUAUUUGGACAGUACCAACUUUAGCGUUCUGGGUUUUCUAUCCGAUGAGUCAUGUCAAUGAAGCUGCGCUUGUCGAACCCUUAUUAUUAGCAGAUGGAAAGUGGUGACGAUCCCAAAUCAAAGGAUUUUUACAAAGUGUUGGAGGUUGAUUAUGACGCAACUGAUGAAAAUAUCAAAUUCAAUUAUCGAAGGCUUGCACUGGUUGAAAUGGCAUCCUGACAAGCACGGAGGUGAUACUGCUGUUACUGCAAAAUUCCAAGAAAUCAAUGAAGCUUACAGUGUGUUGAGUGAUCCUGCCAGACGAAUUGAAUAUGAUUUAACUGGAAUCUAUGAGAUUGACAAGUAUAGCUUGCAGGAAUAUCUUGCUAGAUUCAAAGGGAUGAUACUUACCUGCAAUGGACUUGGCAUCAAUCACACUCAAAUAUGGUCGCAUCAAUUGACUGAAAGCAUUGAAUCCCACAAUAAAUGAGGUUUGGCUUCAACUUUGUCUCGACUUAGAAGUUCCUUGGUUUGAACUCCUGAAAUCGAUUCUGAAGAGCAUAUUCACCAUACGUGAUCUCAGCAUAGAGUUCUGAAUCAGGAUACCUAGAAAAUUUGUUCUGAUUGCAUUAUAUUGUUUAACGAUUGUGUAAUGCAUCAAUAUUCGUUUUUGUGUGUCUAAUCACUAAAAUGUAAGAUUAGAGUAUUUUACCAUGAGGACCUCUAGCUCCUUGUACACAUUUUCUUCCAUGUAUCAUCUCCCCUGUAAAUUUGUAGGACUGAUAGGUUAGUAUGCUGCUUUGGUGAAUUUAUCCAUGGGGAGAAUCAGAACGUUGUUGAAUAAAUAAAUACAUGAUGGAGAACCCUACUCCCUCCGCUCUUUUUUAGAAUUCA